AGGGAAUUCUCUUUUUCUCUUUUUAUUAUGAUUUGUUCUUUUAUUCUUCUGGACAGCCCUAGUCCAGUCCCUCCCCUGGCCAGCUGCUGACUGAACUGUUCUGCCUGUCUGUUGCAUUUAAUACCCUCCUGCAAAGUCUUCAUCGUCUCAUUUCUUGGGAUCUGAGCAGAGACAGGCAACAUGGACCACAGGCUCCUCCUGGCACCUCAAGCAUUGUCGGGAUGCUGCGAUUGCUGCUGAUUCUUUUGAGCCUCAGACUUCCCAGUCAAUGUGUGUCUGAGGGAGCAGGAGGUGCUGACAUGCCCCCAGCAGUGGAAGAUAGGGGCUGAUUCUAUAGACUUGAGUGGGGGAGUAUCCUGGCAGACAAUGGACAGAUUGCACCCCUCUAUGAGGAAGCGUCUGUACAGUCUCCCUCAGCACAUCGGAUCAAAAGCAUCUAUAAUGGAUGGAGAAGAAGGUGAAGAGAGGGACACCUGGAGAAAGAGCAUUAAGCUCAAGCCAUUGCCCUCACCUUCUUCACUUAAAAUUCUUGACCCGCGAACUGGAGCAAAGGAAGCCCAUCUAGUUAUGGAAACUGAAGUAAGCAAAUCCCAAAGAACCAGUAGCAAUGGAGACUGCAGGAGAUUUACAGGUAGUCUCUCCUCCAUUGCUAGCUGUGGAAGGCACCUUCAUGAUUCAGACCCCAGCGAAGGACGAAGGCUUAUAUCAGAGGGGGACCUAAGCCCUACUGAUGAGAAGUCCCCUACAAUGGAUGCACAGGGAGAAUCAGGUGUAGGCCAUUCCCAAGCUACCCAACCUGUUUCCCAACCUCCGGGCAUUGACCAGCAGAGCAGUGCUGUAAAGGUGGAAGGAAGAGAACAGACUUUAUCUGGUGGAGAUGAGGAGCAGAGUAGUUUCAUGCACAGACAGUUUGGGGCACUUCUACAACCUGGGGUGAACAAAUUUUCAUUACGGAUGUUUGGUAGUCAGAAGGCAGUGGAAAGAGAGCAAGAUCGGGUGAAAUCUGCAGGAUUUUGGAUUAUUCAUCCAUAUAGCGACUUCAGGUUUUACUGGGACCUCACGAUGUUACUGCUGAUGGUGGGAAAUCUUAUUAUUAUUCCAGUGGGCAUCACUUUCUUUAAGGAGGAGAACACCCCGGCUUGGAUUGUCUUCAAUGUUGUGUCUGACACCUUUUUCCUUGUGGAUUUGGUGCUGAACUUUCGCACUGGGAUUGUAGUUGAAGACAAUACAGAAAUUAUCCUGGAGCCUCAACGUAUCAAGAUUCGCUAUCUAAAGAGCUGGUUCCUCGUAGACUUUGUAUCCUCUAUACCUGUGGACUACAUUUUUCUUAUUGUAGAAACACGUAUUGACUCAGAAGUUUAUAAGACCGCAAGGGCCUUAAGAAUUGUCCGCUUCACUAAAGUACUCAGUUUGCUGCGACUCCUGAGACUUUCCAGGCUCAUCCGCUAUAUUCACCAGUGGGAGGAGAUUUUUCACAUGACAUAUGACCUGGCAAGUGCUGUGGUACGCAUUGUAAAUCUCAUUGGAAUGAUGUUACUGCUGUGUCAUUGGGACGGCUGCCUGCAGUUUUUGGUGCCCAUGUUGCAAGAUUUUCCUGAUAAAUGCUGGGUAUCAUUGAACCGUAUGCAGAAUGCCUCUUGGGGAAAGCAAUAUUCAUAUGCCCUUUUCAAAGCCAUGAGCCACAUGCUGUGCAUCGGGUAUGGACAGCAGGCACCAGUGAGCAUGUCGGAUGUCUGGCUUACCAUGCUCAGCAUGAUUGUAGGUGCCACUUGCUAUGCCAUGUUCAUCGGCCACGCUACUGCACUCAUCCAAUCGCUAGAUUCAUCACGGCGCCAAUAUCAAGAAAAGUACAAGCAGGUGGAACAGUAUAUGUCCUUUCACAAGCUCCCGGCUGAUAUGCGUCAACGGAUUCAUGAUUAUUAUGAACAUCGCUACCAAGGAAAGAUGUUUGAUGAAGAGAGUAUUCUUGGGGAGUUGAGUGAGCCUCUGAGGGAGGAGAUCAUCAAUUUCAACUGCCGCAAGCUGGUAGCCUCUAUGCCGCUUUUUGCCAAUGCUGACCCCAACUUUGUGACAUCAAUGCUUACAAAGCUACGAUUUGAAGUCUUUCAACCUGGUGAUUAUCUCAUCAGAGAAGGAACAGUUGGAAAGAAGAUGUUCUUCAUACAGCAUGGUGUUGUCAGUAUCUUGAGCAAGGGCAGCAAAGAAACCAAACUCGCUGAUGGAUCCUACUUUGGAGAAAUAUGCCUGCUGACACGAGGUCGACGAACUGCGAGCGUGAGAGCUGACACGUACUGUCGACUGUACUCAUUAAGUGUAGACCAUUUCAAUGAGGUUCUGGAAGAGUACCCAAUGAUGAGGCGGGCAUUCGAGAGUGUGGCACUAGACCGCUUGGAUCGGAUUGGUAAAAAGAACUCUCUGCUCCUACACAAGGUACAGCACGACCUCCGUACUGGGGUGCUAAACUUCCAGGAAAAUGAGAUAAUACAGCAGAUUGUUCAACAUGAUCGUGAGAUGGCCCAGGGACCCCGAUGCACACAUCCUGAGGAAGAUUCUGUACCGACUCCUCCAACUCCUGUAAUAUGGACACCACUGAUCCAGGCACCUUUACAGGCGGCAGCUGCCACAACAUCAGUUGCUAUCCCCUUAACUCACCAUCGACUGCCAGCCAACAUUUUCCGUCCUCCACAUUCAGCAUUAGGUAUAACAGCACGUGGGUUCCAACAGCUGCAGAGACAGCCUUUUGCCUCAAACUUAGUAGGAGCAGAGGCGCCGUUAUUGCAGCAGUCGUCUUUUCAUGUACACCAGCUGGCACGGUUUUCUGCAGCAGCCUGUGUGAGUCCCAGGCUACCAUCUACUGUGCCCUGUUUUGACAAGGUUGCUACUCAACAACUGCCCCCAACCCGCUCUACUCCAGCUGCUUUUGUGACAUCACAAUGGUGUCCAAAAGCAACACUAUCAUCUAGUCAACCUAGACUAUCACAAUCUGACCAGCAACUCCCACCUCCCUCUUCCGGACAAUAUCAAGGCCUAAACACCCAUUCACCGGGGCAGCCUUCAUCUGGAGUUUCAGAGCCACUAUGGGUGUUACCACCUCCAUUACAGAGAUCAGACUCUCCUGGAAGUUCACCCUUGGCGCUGAGUCCAGGCCCAGUUCGAACCACUCAGGUGUGUGGUUCUUCGCGAUCUCUCCUCCUUCCUCAUACAUCUCGUAUUUCCUCCAACCCCAGCAGCUGCACUGCUCUACCCCUUAGCCGACUUAGGCAAGAUGGUCGGCCCAUUUCAGUGUCUCAGCCUUCCUUGCCUCAGCCUGCACCAAGCUCACCCCACUUUCCUCAGCAGUUUACCCCAGACUUUACCUUACUUCCCAGAGGAGGAAGCCCAGAUUUGACAGGCCAAACCACUCCGUCACAGAAAGAGUUUGUAUUUGGAACAACUGGUGCUGGUGGAGAGGACCUGCCAUACUACUCAAAACUCCCUUGUAACUUAUGACCUUGUUCAUUGCUAAAGAUCUGCAUAAGGACAUGCAUCCAUUGAGACAUUUUUCAGAAUACUUGCGGAGGUUACAUAGUUUAAAAAAUUAAAAAGGUAAAGGAUGUAUCUAUUCUGCCAUUAGUUUAUAUGACAAAGGCCAAUAAGCUAGGUGGAGUUUGGACGCCACCGUUUAACAUGUAUGGUGAAAUAAAUGCACAUGGAUAGACAGGGCCGUCUUAACAGCAGUGUAGGCCCCUGGGCAAAGCAGUGCACUGAGGACCCUACAGAUCCUCCAGCGGUAUGGGUAAGGGGUGCUAUCAGUGGCAGCUUUGAUAUCCCGUUGGCAGUAGGGGGUGUUCUAUCCUCCACUCAGCAUGUAGGACCUGGAGCAGUAAUUUCUGCUAAUUAUUCCUUUACUACACAGAUGGUGGGAGAUGGAGUUGGAGGGAGAACACUAAACUGUAGAAGAGGCAUUGGGAUGAAUGAAGGGGCCCCGGUACAUGACUUCCAGGGUGGUAAUACGCAGGGGAGUAGUGGAUAGUGGAGUGGGCUUUAUAUUCAUAAUUUUCUGGUGGGAGGGCAGCUUGUUUGACUGCAGAUAUCUCCAGUUCCUGGAAAUAGAUUUCUUAGCUUUAAAUGGGAUAAAAAAAAAAAUUAGAGUCCCAACUUUCAGGAGGUACUGGGGGCUUGGGGAUCAGAGUUCAGGAGCCAGAGCAAUCAACCAACGAAAAUCUAAAACUGCAUACCAGGCGUGUAGAGCUGGAGCGGGGGAAGGGCAAGUCAGACAGAACCCUAGAUACUGUAUUUGUACUCGGAAGAGCAAUUAACAGGCUUUGAUGAUGACCAAUACUUCGAAGUUGGAUUUCUCCGGUUCCCCAGGGCCGAUUAAAAAAAAAAAGGUACCCUGUAAAAAGGGGACCCUCAGCUAUCAGCCAAUGGCCCUUACACUGCUGUGGCCCUUGGGCAACUGCCCAUUGAGCCCAUACGAAAAGACGGCCCUGUAAGAUAGAUAACCGAUAGGAAGUCAAUAUAACUUUAGAAAUUAGUCUACUCAGGUCUUUGCAGCGCUGAUAGGAUACAGUAGUUUAACAUGAGCCUACCAUAAAUAAGAAUUUACUUACCGAUAAUUCUAUUUCUCAUGGGCCCUCAUUCCGAGUUGAUCGGUCGCAAGGCGAAUUUAGCAGAGUUACACACGCUAAGCCGCCGCCUACUGGGAGUGAAUCUUAGCUUCUUAAAAUUGCGACCGAUGUAUUCGCAAUAUUGCGAUUACUAACUACUUAGCAGUUUCAGAGUAGCUCCAGACUUACUCUGCCUGUGCGAUCAGUUCAGUGCUUGUCGUUCCUGGUUGACGUCACAAACACACCCAGCGUUCGCCCAGGCACUCCCACCGUUUCUCCGGCCACUCCUGCGUUUUUUCCGGAAACGGUAGCGUUUUC